UGGUUCGUUCCGUUUCCGCCCUGUCAUCCUGGCUUUUCUCCGGUCCUCGGGGCCCAAUUCCAGAAGAGGACAGCAAAACAAGUGAAAAUAGCACUAGAAUAACCGGCUACAGUUUAUUAGCUCAAAUCUGAAGUAAAUCACAGCGCCAGAUCGGUGUACCGCGGAGACAAAUAGAGGAGGAGGGGCGGGGUUUCAGGAGUUUUACAUGAGACGAGAUAUUGCUUCCUAGUUAAGCUUACUGCUGUGUGUGUGUGUGUAGAUGUGUGACAGCGGUGUGUGUGAAGACAAGCCCCCGGCCCCCCCUGUCAGAAUGAACAGCCAAGGAGGCGGAGCCAAGGACUCCGUGUCGGGCAACUACAACUCUCGGUCCCUCCCCUCUGUUCCUGAGAAACAGAAACGAAGUAAAAUGAUCUCCAUAUUUGCAUCCGAGAAAGGAGGCAGGAAGAAGGAUCGUGAUAAGGACAACAGACCAGAGAUCUCCUCUCCGUCAGACUUUGAACACACCAUCCAUGUGGGCUUCGACUCUGUCACAGGAGAGUUCACAGGCAUGCCGGAGCAGUGGUCCAAACUGCUCCAGACGUCAAACAUCAGUAAAUCGGAGCAGAAGCAGAAUCCUCAGGCUGUUCUGGACAUUCUCAAGUUCUACGACUCCUCCACCGCAAAACAGAAAUACCUCUCCUUCUCAGAGAAAGAUGCACAGUCGCCUGGAAAGCAGGGUGCCACGUCCUCGCCAUCAGGCGGUAAGGACGGUGAUGAUGAUGAGGAUGAUGGAGACGAAGCGCCGCCCCCUAUUGUGGCGCCACGGCCUGAGCACACCAAAUCAGUGUACACCAAAUCUGUCAUCGACCCACUUCCUCCGCUGCCAGAGCCUGACUCCGCCUCCAACAGGAACAAGAAGAAACAGCAGGGCAAGAUGACUGACGAGGAAAUCAUGGAGAAACUACGAACCAUCGUCAGUAUUGGAGAUCCCAAGAAGAAGUACACACAGACAUACAACAUACAGGGAGCGUCUGGUACUGUCUAUACAGCCAUCGAUGUUGCCACUGGUGCAGAGGUAGCUAUCAAACAGAUCAACCUCCAGAAACAGCCGAAGAAGGAGCUGAUCAUCAACGAGAUCCUGGUGAUGAAGGAGUUACAACAACCUAACAUCGUCAACUACGUAGACAGUUUCCUGGUAGGUGAGGAGUUGUUUGUGGUGAUGGAGUAUCUGGCUGGAGGUUCGCUCACGGACGUUGUCACGGAAACAUGCAUGGACGAGGCUCAGAUCGCUGCCGUGUGCAGAGAGUGUCUGCAGGCUCUGGAGUUCCUCCAUGCCAACCAGGUGAUCCACAGAGACAUCAAGAGUGACAACGUGCUGCUGGGCAUGGACGGAUCUGUCAAGCUCACUGACUUUGGGUUCUGUGCCCAGAUCACUCCAGAGCAGAGUAAAAGAAGCACCAUGGUGGGGACUCCCUACUGGAUGGCUCCUGAAGUGGUGACCAGGAAGGCCUACGGACCCAAGGUGGACAUCUGGUCCCUGGGCAUCAUGGCUAUAGAGAUGGUGGAGGGAGAACCCCCUUACCUCAACGAGAACCCACUCAGGGCCCUCUACCUGAUAGCCACCAAUGGGACUCCAGAGCUCCAGUCUCCAGAGAAGUUAUCUCCAGUGUUCAGGUCCUUCCUGUCCCGCUGUCUGGAGAUGGAUGUAGAGAAGAGAGGAGGGGGGAAAGAACUACUGCAGCAUCCAUUCCUAAAGCUGGCCAAGCCUCUCUCCAGCCUCACCCCUCUCAUCCUGGCAGCCAAGGAGGCCAUGAAGAGUAACCGCUAACCCUGGUUAGCCACAGAUACACUGGAUUCCUAUAUCUCUGUGUUAGCCUGAGUGCUAACUGCUAACUACUAGCCUUACCAGCUAACUUCCAGCCCUACUGUGCCAACUCGUCAGUGCCUCUCUGUAACUGACAGCAUCUCCUCCUUGAUGCUAAACACCAGCCUGCUAGGGCCCUGGCUCGUACACCUACAAGUCACACAAGUCGGCUUCCUGUUCUGUUUGACUCUCCUUCCCCUCUGUCCUUCACCCCUCACUCCAUAUCACACACCAGUCUUCCUAUGUCUCUUACCCCCCCGUCCCUGUCUGUCCUUCACCCCUCACUCCAUAUCACACACCAGUCUUCCUAUGUCUCUUAACCCCUCCCUCCCUGUCUGUCCCUCACCCCCCCCUGUCUGUCCCUCACCCCUCACUCCAUAUCACACACCAGUCUUCCUAUGUCUCUUAACCCCUCCCUCCCUGUCUGUCCCUCACCCCCCCUGUCUAUCCUUCACCCCUCACUCCAUAUCACACACCAGUCUUCCUAUGUCUCUUAACCCCUCCCUCCCUGCCUGUCCCUCACCCCCCCUCCCUGUCUGUCCCUCACCCCUCACUCCAUAUCACACACCAGUCUUCCUAUGUCUCUUACCCCCUCCCUCCCUGUCUGUCCCUCACCCCUCACUCCAUAUUACACACCAGUCUUCCUAUGUCUCUUAACCCCUCCCUCCCUGUCUGUCCCUCACCCCCCGUCCCUGUCUGUCCUUCACCCCUCACUCCAUAUCACACACCAGUCUUCCUAUGUCUCUUAACCCCUCCCUCCCUGUCUGUCCCUCACCCCCUCCCUGUCUGUCCCUCACCCCUCACUCCAUAUCACACACCAGUCUUCCUAUGUCUCUUACCCCCUCCCUCCCUGUCUGUCCCUCACCCCCUCCCUGUCUGUCCCUCACCCCUCACUCCAUAUCACACACCAGUCUCCCUAUGUCUCUUAACCCCUCCCUCCUUGUCUGUCCCUCACCCCCUCCCUGUCUGUCCCUCACCCCUCACUCCAUAUCACACACCAGUCUUCCUAUGUCUCUUAACCCCUCCCUCCCUGUCUGUCCCUCACCCCCCUCCCUGUCUGUCCCUCACCCCCUCCCUGUCUGUCCCUCACCCCCCUCCCUGUCUGUCCUUCACCAGUCACUCCAUAUCACACACCAGUCUUCCUAUGUCUCUUACCCCCUCCCUCCCUGUCUCUCCCUCACCCCCUCCCUGUCUGUCCCUCACACCCCCUCCUCAUCUGUCCCUCACCCCUCACUCCAUAUCACACACCAGUCUUCCUAUGUCUCUUACCCCUCCCUGUCUGUCCCUCACACCCCUCCUCAUCUGUCCCUCACCCCUCACUCCAUAUCACACACCAGUCUUCCUAUGUCUCUUACCCCCUCCCUGUCUGUCCCUCACUCCCCCUCCUCAUCUGUCCCUCACUCCCCCUCCAUUUUCCUCACCCUCUUUUUCAUUCAGAUGUUGUGAGGUUUUCCUGUUCUGUUUGUCUCUGCCUGCUACCUGUUCUUUCUCUCUCUUUACUCUGACUAAGAAACGUUAAAGGUGCAAUCUGUAAAAAUGAUUGUCCCACAAACAAAUAGUUAAUUUCAAUCCUACAGUAUCAGUGUUGCAGUACACCUUCAAAUAAAACUACAGAUUGCACCUUUAACAAAAUGAAAGAAAGUAAUUGCUGUAAUCUCGGUAUUCAAUCUCGGUAUUCAAUUCAAAUAUUUUGGCAGCAAAACCAAAUGACAUUUUUCAAAAUUGUUUUGUAUAUUAUGUACUUUGACAAAUGUUGAGGGGGAAAAAAUGGUGAUAUUUGGUGAACUGUUUUUUAACGUGUAUAAAUACUUUUCAUUUGGUGUUUUGUGACUAACAUUCUGAUAGAAACCUUCCAUUACGGUGUGCCUUAAUGAACACAACAUCUAUAUGGGGUGAAUCCUAACGUUCACUUCAUUAAGUUGAAUUGUCACUUAGUCUCCCAUUGACAUCAACGCAUGACUACGUGACAACGUGACUUAAGUGGAAGUUAGGAUUUGCUCCUAUGAUUGGCCAAUCAAAAAGCAUUCCACCUUGCUAGACUAGUUCCAUUCCAUUUCACAGACAUUCCAGUCAGAGAGGUUGAUUGGUUGAGUCUGAUGAUGUUGAUGAUUUUAAUAAGUAUCCCCUUCUGUUGUUCAUUUUUAAUUAAUGAAACCAAAGUUUUUUUUUACAGGAAGCCAUGUAUUUUCAAACAGUCUAUGUAAAUGAUUAAAGAUAGACUUGAACUAA